CGUUAGUGACCCAUGACCCACGGCUUGACCCUCCCCCCCUUUACCCCCCCUCUCAGACCUGUUUCUCUCUCUAUCUCUAUCUCUCUCUUGGUUCGUAGUGGCAAUGGCGUCUCUCCCUCUCUCCCUCUCUCUCUCUCUCUCUUGGUGGUAAUGGUGAUGGUGAUGGUGGUGAUUGUGGUGAUGAUAGUGGUGGUGGUGGUGGUGGUGGUGAUGAGGAAUGGUGGUUGUUUCAGGUAGUGGUGGCGGCGGCGGUGACGGCGGCGGCGGCGGCGGUGGGGGCGACAGCGAUUUGACUACUGGAGGAGGAAGAGGAGGAGGAGGAGGAGGAGGAGGCAUAACAGACAUAGGAGGAGGAGGAGGACUAGAUUUAGCAGCAAUAUCGCUCAUAGGAACAGUAGGAGGAGGAGGAGGAGGAGGCGGCGGCUAUCCAUGUCGGGCCCGCGUACAAUGUGGCGUGUGCGGGCGUGUGUGCUCCAACAAGUACACUCUCCGCACCCACGUACAAGAUAGGCACUCUGGCACGCCGCACCUGGUCACGUGUCCCCACUGUGGCAAGGAAUACGCCUCUAAGAACUCCCUGCUGUCCCAUAUCUCACGGUACCACAGGGAGAGAGAGGGCGGCCAUGUGCCCCUUCCUACCGUGCAACUUCUAGAGACACACCAGGCACAACACACAGAGAGAGAGGCUGUACGUGUCUCCCUACCGAACACACAGGGCUUAGAACACACCAGGACACAGACAGAGAGUGGCCAUGUGCCCAUUCCGACUGUGCAGCUCUUAGAAGCGACGCAGGAAACGGAACACACAGAGAUAGUUGUCCGUGGCUCCCUACCCAACACACAGAGCUUAGAACACACCAGAACACAGACAGAUGAUAGGUGUGUGUUGCAGCUCCCCUCAACACACUUAGAACACACAGAUCGAAGGGAGAGAGAGGCUGCGCGUGGGUCUCUCCAUAACACACGAGUACAAGCAGAUGAUGGGUGUGUGUUACCGAGUCAAACAACACAUUUAGAACACAUAGAUAUGGUUGACAGAGAGGCUGGGUGUGGCGCCUCGUUGGUCAUAAACACACAUCACAACCUUGACCAACCACACACACCACAUUCACCACACACGCCCAAAUCAUCACCACACAUAUUGUUUUCAUCGCCACCACCACCACCAUCAUCAUCAGCAUCAUCCCGAUCUCUGCACCAUCCACAUUCAUCUCCACAUCUUCCACCUCCUCCUCCUUCCUCCAGCUCCUCCUUUCCUCCACCGUCACAUCCUCCUCCACCUCACUUUGAUAUUCUAGACCAUAAGUCCUUCUUUUCCUCCUCCUCCUCCUCAUCUUCUUCUUUCCCUCUUCCUCCUCCUCCUCCUCCUCCUUCUUCUUCUUCUUCUUCUCAUCUCUAUCAUCAUCAUCAUAAUUCGCUUCGUUUGCCGCCGCCCUAGUGUGUGUGUGUGUGUGUGUGUGUGUGUGUGUGUGUGUGUGUGUGUGUGUGUGUGUGUUUAGUUGGUAAUUUUUGUUAGUCUCGUUUUUUUAUAAAUUGUAAUUGAAGUUUUUUGUUUGUCUGUUUGUCUGUCUGUCUCUGUCUCUGUCUAUCUGUCUGUUUCUCUCUCUCUCUCUCUCUCUCUCUCUCUCUCUCUCUCUCUCUCUCUCUCUCUCUCUCUCUCUCUCUCUCUCU